UGUGAAAACAAACAAACACCAGUUUUAUUAGCUAACAUUGAAAGAUGACACAAGUUGUUAAGCCACAUGAACCGAAGACACAGGCGUUUACACUUUUGAGUGGUCAUACCAUACCAGCUGUUGGAUUGGGGACAUGGAAGUCUGGUUCAGAGGCAGCCAAUUCUGUCUUCACUGCCAUUAUUGAUGCUGGUUAUAGACACAUAGACACUGCUUCGCAGUAUGGAGUUCAAAAAGAAGUUGGACAAGCACUCCAGGCAGCCAUGAAAGCAGGAGUGGAAAGGAAGGAUCUAUUUGUCACCUCCAAACUAUGGUGCACUGACUUGACCCCUGAAAGGGUUAGACCUGCUCUCAACAAUACCCUUCAAGAACUCCAACUUGACUACCUUGAUCUUUACUUGCAGAUUCAUUGGCCAUUUCGUCUAAAAGAUGGGGCCAGCAGACCCCCAGGACCAGGAGAUGUUUUAGAGUUUGACAUGGAAGGGGUGUGGAGAGAAAUGGAGAAGCUUGUGGAGGAAAAGCUUGUCAGAGACAUUGGAAUCUGCAAUUUCACUCUAGCAAAGCUUGAAAAGCUGCUGAGCAUUGCUCAAAUAAUGCCUUCUGUCUGCCAGAUGGAAAUGCAUCCUGGAUGGAGAAAUGAUAAGAUGCUUGCGGUUUGCAAGAAGAAUGACAUCCAUGUCACUGCUUACUCUCCACUGGGCUCAUCAAACAGUGGGACGAAUCUGACCAAAGAUCAAACGGUUGAUAGGAUAGCUAACAAAUCUCACAAGAACCCAGGGCAGGUGCUGGUGAAGUGGGCCAUCCAGAGAGGGACAAGUGUCAUCCCCAAAUCAGUCAAGCCAGACAGGAUCAUGGAGAAUGUCAGUGUCUUCAAUUGGGAACUUCCAGCAAAAGAUUUUAAGGCCCUUAGCAGGAUGCAGGAGCAGAGAAGAGUUCUGGACGGUGAACCGGUCUUUGUGAACAAGAGCGAUGGUCCAUUUAAGAGUGCGGCGGAUUUAUGGGACCAUGAAGAUUAGUCCACACUUGCACCAACCCUCUCUUUUCCAAUGCACUUUGUAGAAUUAGAUUUAACGUAAUGUAAUACUUGUUCUUGUAAAGGGUAAGGGUUCAGGUCAUUCACAUUGAUAUUAGGUGCAUACCCUCUAUAUGCAGCUUUUUUUAUCUAUGAAAUGCUAUAAUUACUUCA